AUGCCAUGCCCCUCCUUGCCGCUCGUCUCUGCAACCAUCACUGCCACCACUCGUACGCGAUCGAGCCCUAGGAGAACACCGUCGUUGCCCUCCUCAACCUCUCUAUCUCCACACCACGAGGCGCUCGUGUGCACCCCAGCCUCCUCUCAUAUCAAAGUGUAUCGCUCUAUCAUCAGGUCAAAGAAGUCCCUCAUCGUCACCCUUGUGGACCUCCUCGGCAUCCCCAAUGCAUCGACUAGGUUCAUCAAGGAUGCAUUCGAGUCCCUCUUCAGCUUGGCCCUCUACUCGCUCAACCGCACCGCCCUCAUCGAGUUGGGCAUCAUGUUGCCCCUCUUUGCACUAGUGGUGAAGGAUGGGGGGAGGGAGGUGGUGGAAGACGCGACGAUGAUGAUCGUCCAACUAGUAGAAUGCAACAAGAGUGUGGAGGUGUUAUGGAGGAUGGACGACAUCAACAUUAUUGUGGAUCUAGUAAUUGGGGGGAGCUAG